AUGGAUACAGCAGCAUGUAAAAAACUUUUCGAUUUAUGCUCACAAUCAUUGAGUAGUACUGAGGAUGAAAAGUUUUUUGAAGCUUGUCAAUUGCUCUGUUCAGUUAUUCCUACUAUAUCAGAUGAUGUAUUUGGAUCAUUACCAGAUAAUAUCUUACUUGAUAACCUUGGAAAUCUAUUAAAAUGUCGUCUUCGAAAUGAACAACGAGCUAUUGUGAUUGAUGUCUAUGCUUGUUUAAUUGAGAAGCAUAAAUCGGUUUCAUUCCUUUGUAAACAUAAUAAAAAUGUAUAUCUAUUAUUAGUGCUUUUAUGUGCUGUUGAAGUACGUAUGAUGGUUGAAAAUCCUCAAACAAAUGAAAUUUUAGAAAAACAACAACAUCUUGCUGCUUGUUAUUUAAUUAUUGAAUAUACAAUUGCAGCUAUUUGUCAAUCCGAUGACUUGAUGGAUGAUGAUGUUUCAUCGAUUCUUUCGAAAUUAAUUGAUAUGUUUCAUGGAUGUGUGUUUUUAAUUGAUCAAAUUGUAGAUAAUGUUGAAGAUAAACAAGCAUUUGAUACAGUUCUUCAAGCAACAGUUCGUAUACUUGGAAUUUGGCUCAGUCAAGAACCAGUUUCUUUACAAACGGCUGUACGACCUCGUUUGAAUAAAUGGAUGCAAUAUGGAUUAAAUUCAACAAACUGUUGUGAAACAUUUAAAAAGUUUCUUGAACCAGUUUUGAAAGACUAUGAAGAAGAUGAUGAUUCUUCAUUGAUACCUUCAACAACUUCAUGA